AUGAACACCUCGGAUGUUCUUUGCGAUUCCGAAUUUGCAAAUUCGUCUAACUUUUCGUGUGUGAACCGAACCGUUCCGUCGUACAGCAUCAUUGACAUCGCGUCUUUCAUGCACAUCUUCCCCACUAUCUACGGCAUUCUGUGUUCAGUUGGAGUUCUGGCCAACGGUUUGGUGAUCUAUGCUGUGGCAUCAUGCAAGAAGAAGAUGGUCUCUGAUAUUUACGUUCUGAAUCUGGCCAUCGCAGACCUGCUUUUCCUGUUGGUGAUGCCGUUCAACAUCCAUCAGCUGGUCCGGGACAGACAGUGGGUCUUUGGCCACUUCAUGUGUAAAGCUGUGGUGGUGGUGGAUGUCAGUAACCAGUUUACCACAGUGGGCAUUGUGACAGUGCUCUGCAUUGACAGGUACAUUGCAAUUGUACAUCCUGCAUCUGAAAAGAGGACCAUUCAGUGGACCAUCAUCAUUAACAUUUUGGUGUGGGUGGGCAGCUUCCUUCUGAGCAUCCCGGUCAUGAUAUACACUAAAUUCAUCUCCAAAACGAACAUGGACAUGUGUAUGAUUUAUCUGGAUGGGCCUCAGGAUAUGUACUGGUACACGCUCUACCAGUCCAUGCUGGCUUUCAUCGUCCCCCUCAUUAUAAUAAGCACAUUUUACACUCUCACUCUGUACCACGUGUUCCGCUCCAUCCGGCGGGUCAAACGCAAGCAGUCAGUGUGGGCCAAACGGGCCACUAAGACAGUUGUGAUGGUGAUCGCCCUGUUCUUGGUCUGCUGGUCUCCCUAUCAUGUCAUCCAGGUGAUCAACCUCACCAUCCAGCAGCCCACCAGCGCCUUUGUGUACGCGUACAACAUCAGCAUCUGCCUAAGCUACUCUCACAGCUGCAUCAACCCCCUAAUGCUGCUGGUGUUCGCCCAAAACUACCGCGAUCGCCUCUGCCAUCGCAAAGAGCUAUGCUCCCAAAUCAGCUCAUCCAAGACCACCGUCAAAACGGACGGAGGGUCUAGCAUGAGCCCGGACACCAGCCACCGCUGUACCGUUAUCUAGCGCCCGUCGAGCCUCGCUGGACAUGCUAACUGAGGAAAAUGAAGCGAAAAGUUGAGGCCUGCACUGCAACACUUGCUGCACGAGUGUCAAUCGCAUGGUAGCUUGUUUCUCAAAGGGGAAAACUGUGAAAUGAAACGCCACAGUGAACUUUCAGGAGGCAUGAAGGAGUGAAUCAGCACUCGACUGUGUUUGUGGUUUGUGUCACACUCUGGAAAAGUGAU